AUGUUUGACGAAACGAUUUCGACCGGAUCUGCUUAUUCUGCAUUGGCUUCUGUUGCACUGACUUCGGCUGCACUGGCUUCGGCUGCAUUGGCUUCGGUUGCACUGAUUUCGGUUGCACUGACUUCGAUCGCACGGAUUUCGGUUGCACUGGCUUCGAUUGCACUGAUUUCGGUUGCACUGGCUUCGAUCGCACGGAUUUCGGUUGCACUGGCUUCGGUUGCACUGAUUUCGGUUGCACUGACUUCGGUGGAACUGACUUCGGUGGCACUAACUUCGGUUGCACUGAUUUCGGUUGCACUGACUUCGGUGGAACUGACUUCGGUGGCACUAACUUCGGUUGCACUGAUUUCGGUUGCACUGACUUCGAUCGCACGGAUUUCGGUUGCACUGGCUUCGAUUGCACUGAUUUCGGUUGCACUGGCUUCGAUUGCAGUGACUUCGGUUGUACUGACUUCGGUGGCACUAACCUCGGUGGUACUAACUUCGGUGGCACUAACUUCGGUUGCACUGGCUUCGGUUGCACUGGCUUCGAUUGCAGUGACUUCGGUGGUACUGAUUGCGACUUCUGUCGAGCUGUCUUCGGCUUAUUCGGUUGGAACUGCAAUUGAACAGGUUGGAGUGAAUUCAAUUGAAUCUGUUGGAUCGCAUUUGAUGAAACAUGUUGGACCGGAUUCAGUGGAACUGGAGGGACUGACAGAGGUGCAACAAUCGCCGGUCGGACACUCUUGGCUCGAGGCCUCGCAGGUUUCGGAUCAGGUGAGUACUGAAAUUAAAGGCUUGUGCUCAUAA